ACAACGUCCUUUCUAAGCGGACACGCGCCAUCGUACGUACGCGCUUCCGUAAACCAGUGACAAAGAUGGCGGACGCCGCCUUAUCAGGCAUCGUAGUUCCUCGUAGCUUUCGACUGCUGGAGGAACUGGAAGAAGGUCAGAAGGGAGGAGGAGACGGUACAGUGAGCUGGGGCCUGGCAGAUGAUGACGACAUGACGCUAACUCACUGGAAUGGAAUGAUCUUCGGCCCCUCCAAGACUGUCUAUGAAGGCAGGAUAUACAGUCUGAAAAUAGAAUGUGGAUCCAGAUACCCAGAGUGCCCCCCCCAUGUCCGCUUUGUGAACAAGAUCAACCUGAGUGGCGUACAUAGUUCAAAUGGAGUGGUGGACAUAAAGGCGUUGACAGCACUGUGCAGAUGGAAAAACUCCUACAACAUCCGGAUGGUGCUGCAGGUGCUCAGAGAGCACAUGCUGAUGAAAGAGAACAACAGGCUUUCCCAGCCGUCCGAAGGCCAGGUGUUCAGCAACUGAGGCGCCUGCUGCUAUCCCCCUGUCUCUCUGUCUCUCUCUGUCUCUCUCUCACACACACACACACACACACACACACACACACACACACACACACACACACACAGACACACAGACACACAGACACACAGACACACACAGACACACACAGAAACACACAGAAAAUCCUAAACACCUAACACUGACUCUGUUACUUUCAAACUACACCAUCAUGUUAUCCAAGACUCCCACUUCCCAUUGGACAGAGAGAGGAUGUGCACCCAGUGCCCAGUCAUCCAUAAAAUUCAUGGUGCAGACAUUACAAAACAAAAAUACAACUUACUAAUGUUGUUUUUUAUUAUCAUCCUGUGUGUUCUACAUCCAGAUUAUAAAAUAACAACUGUCUUGAUUGAGUGUGCCAGUUAUGUGUGUGCGUGCUGAAUUCUUCUCAAGUGGUGUCACAUAGUCCCUGUUCUAUGGGUUUGAAUCAACUCACUACUCGGCAAAACAAAUGUACUUCUGUAACUCCAAACAAAAUGUUGAUAAUUCUGGGUUGUUUUUUAAGCAACAAACGUCAACAUCUUGCAGUAUGCUGAAACCCCAUAGAGGAAAAACAUGCACCCACCACAAUGCUUUGCUUGGUCUCCCAGGCCGCGUUAGUCUCAAAUUCCCCAGCUUCUGCAAUCCCGAAGAUGUGAAUUUCACGGGCCUUCCUUAAACAUUGCAUGUCCGGUACAUGGGAUUAAAGUACUACUAGACAUUUAACAACGUAUGGAUCACCAGGGCACUGCUGGCUCAUCACUCAUGUUCUCAGAAUUGUCCUCUGUGUGCCAUAUGGUUCAUAGUGCUUUGUGAUGGUGAUUGUUUAUUUUAGCAGCCGGGGGGGGGGGGGGCGGGCACAGACCCUUGUGCUUUCUCUCUUCAGAAAACGUAGAGUUUGUGCGCUUGGAACCUAUUCAUGGCCACUGUAUUGUGGCCUGAGCCGAGCAGGAGGAGCUGUGAUUUUUUUUUUUUGUUUGCUGUUCUUGUUUUGGUUUCUUCAAUCUCUGGGCUGUACUCCACUGAACGCAAUGUACGGCUUUGGAUGUUUAUUUUAUAAUGGGUUGAAUCUAAUCAGGGUGAUGGUGACCUGUUGCAUGGUUUUAUUUGAAUUAAACGUUAUUACUUUUG